UUUCACUCUUGACUCUUUCCCAUCUCAGCAACACUUCACACUUCUCUUUGAUCACGAUGGUUCUCUCCAAGACAGCUUCAGAAUCUGAUGUCUCCGUUCACUCAACGUUUGCCUCUAGAUAUGUUCGAGCUUCACUUCCCAGGUUCAAGAUGCCAGAGAACUCGAUCCCGAAGGAGGCAGCCUUUCAGAUCAUAAACGAUGAGCUCAUGCUGGAUGGAAACCCUAGGCUGAACCUAGCAUCGUUUGUGACGACAUGGAUGGAGCCUGAAUGUGACAAGCUUAUCAUGGCUUCUAUCAACAAAAACUACGUCGACAUGGAUGAAUACCCUGUCACCACUGAGCUUCAGAAUCGAUGCGUUAACAUGAUAGCCCAUCUCUUCAAUGCUCCACUUGGAGACUCAGAGACAGCGGUAGGAGUAGGAACUGUUGGAUCUUCUGAGGCUAUAAUGUUGGCUGGUUUGGCAUUCAAGAGGAAGUGGCAAAACAAGAGAAAAGCUGAGGGAAAGCCUUACGAUAAGCCUAACAUUGUCACGGGAGCCAAUGUUCAGGUAUGUUGGGAGAAAUUUGCAAGGUACUUUGAGGUGGAGUUGAAGGAGGUGAAGCUUAGUGAUGGCUAUUAUGUGAUGGAUCCUGAGAAAGCAGUGCAAAUGGUGGAUGAGAACACAAUCUGUGUUGCAGCUAUUCUUGGUUCCACUCUUAAUGGAGAAUUUGAAGAUGUCAAGCUCUUGAAUGAUCUCCUGGUGGAGAAGAACAAAUCAACAGGUUGGGAUACUCCGAUCCAUGUCGAUGCGGCCAGCGGUGGCUUCAUUGCACCUUUUAUAUACCCGGAGCUCGAGUGGGAUUUCCGGUUGCCAUUGGUGAAGAGUAUCAAUGUCAGUGGGCACAAAUAUGGACUAGUCUAUGCUGGUAUUGGAUGGGUCAUUUGGAGGAACAAGGAGGACUUGCCUGAAGAACUUAUCUUCCAUAUCAAUUAUCUUGGAGCUGAUCAACCAACCUUCACCCUUAACUUCUCCAAAGGAUCUAGUCAAGUUAUUGCUCAAUAUUACCAACUCAUUCGGUUGGGUUACGAGGGAUACAGAAAUGUCAUGGAAAAUUGUAGAGACAACAUGCUGGUACUCAAACAAGGACUAGAGAAGACAGGCAAGUUCAACAUUGUUUCGAAAGACAAUGGGGUGCCACUGGUGGCCUUUUCUUUGAAGGACAAUAGCUUGCACAACGAAUUUGAGGUGUCCGACAUGUUAAGGCGUUUUGGUUGGAUUGUGCCUGCCUACACCAUGCCUCCUGAUGCUCAACAUGUUACUGUGUUGCGCGUCGUAAUUCGAGAAGAUUUUUCUCGGACACUCGCUGAGCGUCUUGUCAUUGACAUUGGCAAGGUUCUACAUGAGCUUGAGACAUUGCCAUCCAGGAUCAGUGCCAAGAUUGUGUUGGCUAAUGAAGAGAAGGAUGCCGUGGCCGAUAAAGACAAGAAGGACGUCCAGAAAGAAACAAGAGAGAUUAUUACAGCUUGGAGGAAGCUUGUCAUUCAAAGGAAGAAGAUGAAUGGUGUUUGCUAGAGAAUGAAAGGAUGGUGGAUUGAGCUGGAGUGAUUUUCCCUCUCGCAAUUUUAUUAUUUAUGAUGUUGAGCUAGUGUUGCUAAUCAAUCAAAUUGUUUUUUUUUUUGUUUUCUUGUGUCAUCGUUAUGUGAUGUACAACUACUUGAUUGUGUGUAUUUUUUAAACCCAGGAAUGGAUUUAUGCUUGAAGUACUUCUCGAGCAAGGAUUAUGAGGACUUCAGAUUUUUAUUGA